CUGGUGACGAGGCUAGUGAAACGCAAGGCCGUAGCGGACAGAUCAGAUUGCGGGAGACAGUCCGGCAAACAUGGGUGACCUGCUGGCAGAACUUCUCGCCCAGAACGACAAACCGGUAUCGUAUGCAGACAGACUGGAGCGUGCCCGGGACAUGAUGCGGACCCGGAGAAGGAGACAGGUGUUCCAGCUACUCGGCAGGGAGAUCUCGAUCUGGGAGAGCGACGUGGGAGAGGAGACGGACCUGGCCAUCGGGAAGCGCCUCUGGCCCGGGGGAGUGGCGUUUGCAGAGUUUCUGGAGUCGGAGAAUUUCAACAUGUCGUUUGAAGACAAGAAAGUGAUCGAGCUCGGAGCCGGGACGGGACUCGUGGGGAUCGCGCUGAGCUUUCUGGGGGCUGACGUGACCUUGACUGACCUUCCUGACAUCAUUUCCUACACGGAAGAGAACGUCCUACUGAACACCGUGGACAACGACACGCCACUGUGUAAAUACACCCCGCAGGUGCGCCCCCUAACGUGGGGCCGGGACCUUGCAGCCUACCCCAGGAACGACCCACGAUAUGACUACGUCAUCGGAAUGGAGUGUGUGUACAUCGAGCCCGUUUUUGAUGACCUCAUCGCCACCAUUAAACACUUAAGCACCGAGAACACCGUAAUUCUGAUCGGCUAUCACGUCCGGAUCAAGAAAAGAGAGGAGAAGUUCAGAAAACUGUUCUUCGAGAACUUCGACGUUCUGGGCGAGUUUGCAGUCAAGGGUCCUGCGUUCACUGUUCUUAUGGCUAAAAUUCUACCGGGGGAAAACAUAUCGUGAAGAACUCGUCUUCCUGUAUGAUAUGUAAU